AUGAUUGGGUACAAAGGAUGGGACUCCAACGGCUUCUAUAUCGUUUAUCUAUCCAAAACGGCCGACUGGCUCAAAGGCCUUGCGGACUUCAUUCUUACUGCAGUUCUUAUGCUUCCCAUCUACAGGAUAGUGAAGGGCCACAACACCCUUAAAGUCCCACGCCGGGCAGUUGUCGGAGUUCUCGCUGUACUCUGGAUCUGCACUCUCAGCAUUGGGACCAGACUGGCUCUCUACACCGUUUGGGACGAUUACAGGAGUCGACUAGCCAUUGCUCACUCGGUGCUGGUUACUACGCGAAAUAGCAUGACGGUUCUUUGUGUUGCUCUUUGCUCACUUGUCAUGCUGUCCGAGAUGGCGCGGAGAAUGCAUCUUCAUAACUGGGUUGCUCAAACAACGCUACGGCUGCUCAUAUUCUUUCAGUUGGGCGGUAAUCUGCUUGAACUGGGUUACACCACUACAAAUCAUCGGAGUUUUGGGUGGAAUACCACUCUCCUAUCAGCAACAUCUAUACAAAACAAGUAUCCUCGGACGCUGGGCUUAGCCCUGGCUAUUGUAUUCUUCUCUCACUUCUUCUACGCUGGUGCGGUUCUUUGCGCAUUAUAUGCUAUCUCCUCGGCAGAGAUCUGUUCUAAGUGCUCCUAUAGCCCGGUUCCGCAUGCAUGUCAGGACAACAAUACCAGGCCUGAGUUGGAUAUUGUGCAGGCUCCUGCGCAAUCAGUCUUGGAGGGGAUAGAACAUCACCGAGAUGAUUGUUCGCGGUCGCCCACUGUUAUUCAAAGCCGCUGGAACAUUCCGGAGAGCAUUUGA